GCACAGAACGUAACAUUCCCAUUCGAACCGUGUUGUCGUACAGAUCCGUUUUUGAGCCCGAAACGCCAUUCAAACGACCAUGCCAAACAUUAAGCUGUACACGGCCAAACUCAGCCCACCGGGCCGGUCGGUCGAGCUGACAGCAAAGGCGCUCGGGCUGGAGCUCGACAUCGUGCCGAUCAAUCUGCUCGCGCAGGAACAUCUGACGGAAGCGUUCCGGAAGCUGAACCCGCAGCACACCAUCCCGCUGAUCGACGACAACGGGACGAUCGUGUGGGACAGCCACGCCAUCAAUGUGUAUCUGGUGAGCAAGUACGGCAAGCCCGAGGGCGACAGUUUGUAUCCGUCGGAUGUGGUGCAACGGGCGAAGGUUAACGCGGCGCUACACUUCGAUUCGGGCGUUCUGUUUGCCCGGUUCCGGUUCUAUUUGGAACCAAUACUGUACUACGGAGCGACCGAGACACCGCAGGAAAAGAUCGACAAUCUGUACCGCGCGUACGAGCUGCUGAAUGACACGCUGGUCGACGAGUACAUCGUGGGCAACGAGAUGACACUGGCCGAUCUGAGCUGCAUCGCCAGCAUUGCUUCGAUGCAUGCGAUUUUCCCGAUCGAUGCCGGCAAGUAUCCGAGGCUGGCCGGUUGGGUCAAACGCCUUGCCAAGCUGCCGUACUACGAGGCAACGAAUCGGGCCGGUGCGGAAGAGCUCGCUCAGCUGUACCGUGCCAAGUUGGAGCAAAACCGCACCAACGCCAAGUGAACGUGAUCUGGUUGAGUGAACGCUUCAAGCCAUCAAACAGCUACCAAAUAUACUCUCUCAAUUUGCAUCAUUUUGUUGUAUUUCGGUGCCUAUGCUAAUAAAAACGAAAACGGCGUCUCCAAAUAAUGA